GCUGCUGGAACGAUGGGGGCAAGCGCUAAUCCCGAAUAUGUCAGAGGACUGGUGGUCUCAGCGUAGGAAUCGAUGCCGAUGCAUCGGGGACGAGGAAUCUUCGAUAACGGCAGCUUGGCUUCCCGGAGUCGGGGGGCGAGGCGUGGCGAGAAGCGGAACCGAAGAAAGAAAGGUUAACGCAUCCGAAUCGACGGAAGUACCAAAAGAUUCAGAGCAUGGAAAGUGGGCGAUGAAGAGCUGCCGUGCGGCUACCAACGACAUCAUCAAGCUGGGUUUCCCCGCUCGCUGCCAAUUGCGCUAAGGGUCAACUAAUUGGAUGACUGGCCGUGACAUGGUUAGUGCUGCUCAAAUUAGUUUGGAGAAAGACUGCUGCUGGUGCUGGUUCCGACGCGUGAACUCGCCAAGAAUUUCCCGAUGGUAGUACGUGACUUGGACAUGCACAACUCGUGCAACUUUGGCGGCGAGUUGGAGGGACCGCUGGUUCGUGACUUGGAACGCGGCGUUGAGGUACACAAUCCUGUGCUGCUGCACGUACUCGUCGAAGCCGAUCCGCAAGAUAAGCCUGUAGGCGAUGCACAAUAUUCUUCAAAUCGUGUCCAGCAGCAAGCUGCUAUCUUUGCUGAAGAUCGGUUGCUGAAGACGGGUUCAGAGUUACGUCACACCCGGCCCACGGCUCACGCCCGGAUCGCAGCUCUGCCUGGAAGAAAGUGUCGACCUGACCAACAGUCGGGAAGUUAACCACGAGCGCGAGUCUUCCUUUUCGUCAACAAACACCAAGCACAGCGACGAUAUCAGUGACAAACUGUUAUGUAUUAUAAAUUACAUUUAAUUCUUU